GUGGUAUUAGUGAUGAAGAAGAGUUAAAAGACGAAAGUCUCGAGUUUUACGGUUUCAAUUUCCUAGGUCAGCAGAGGAGGGCCUUUUUGAAAUCUAGGACACUGAACAGUCAAGAAUGAGGAAAAUGACGUCUAUUUUAAAAUAUUUUACAUUUGCUGUGAUUCUGCUCCAUACCAAUUGUUUGAGAUGGAGUGAGCUGAAUUUGCCUGAAGAACACAUGGCCAUGUUCUUCAAUGAAAAUCCUGAGUUAGCAGAAAGAUGUGAAAAUGAUAAGAAUUGCCCUUUCAAGAUACACCUUUAUCGAGCGGCAUGUUGGGGAUACGAGACCAACUGCUCUUUACAGAAUCGUUAUAGCCAUCCUUCCUGUCCAGGAGAUCACAAAGGUUGGGUCAAGACAAAGGAAGAACAGUUGGAGACAUUUUAUAAACAAGGGGACUUCGGUUUUGUCCAGGAACAGCGAAGUGAGCUGAAGAUUUAUUGUCACUCAGAUAAAAAGGGUGGAUCCUGGCUAGAAUGUACUGACCAUUUGAAGUUCUGCCGUGGGAAGAACAUUUACAUUGAUUUUCGUCACCUCAUGAGCCAAAGGGAGGUUUUGAGGUACAGCAUGGAUGUCCUCCGUCACGGGCAAAUUGGAGGUCACUGCAAGUUAGACAAAAAACUUCUUGAUCGAAAUGCGGACCAGAUCAGCCCCCUUCAGUCAUGGGGGCCUGAGAUGAGGCAUUUCGUUGAGCUCAAGAAAAAAGUGGAGCCGGGAGCACGUCAGUGUGACAGAUGGGUGGAAACUCCAGUUUACAUUAUGAAGCUUGAUGCUUAUAGUAACAUGUAUCAUCACUUUUGUGACUUCUUCAACCUCUAUGCUGCGCAACAUGUAAAUAGCUCAGAUGAAUAUGCCUUCUCUCAGGAGUGCCAGAUAAUGUCAUGGGAAAACAUUCCUUACCGUUCCAACUUUGGGCCGGGUUUUGAUGUAUUUAGCAAUAGACUUCUCUGGAACCUAGACACGGUGGCAGGAGAACGUGUGUGUUUCCGCAGUGUUGUCUUUCCGUUGCUACCACGCAUGAUUUUUGGACUCUACUACAACACCCCGAUUAUCUGGGGUUGUGAAAAGAGUGGCUUAUUCCAUGCUUUCUCCCGCCACAUUCUUCAUCGUCUGGGUAUUUCUCCACGGAAGGUUGGCGAUGGAAAGAUUCACAUCACCUUGCUUUCUAGGGAGACUCAGUACCGCCGAAUUUUAAAUCAAGCAGCGCUCAUAAAGGCUUUAGAAGAUGAGGAUGAAUUUGUUGUGCGCAAGGCUGAAUUUUCGCACUUGAUGGAUUUCCGCCAGCAGCUGUUCCAAGACCAGUGGACAGACAUUUUCAUUGGCAUGCAUGGUGCGGGACUUACACAUCUACUUUUUCUUCCAGACUGGGGCGUUGUAUUCGAGUUGUAUAAUUGCGGUGAUCCUAAUUGUUACAAGGACUUAGCUCGGCUGAGAGGUAUUAAAUACAUCACCUGGGAAGAUGAAACUAAAUUAAAACCACAGGAUGAGGGAAAACAUCCAGAUGGAGGAGCCCACGAAAAGUUCACAAACUAUGAAUUUGAUGUCAAAGAGUUUGUGAGACUUGUUAAAAAGGGCGCCAAUCAUGUCAAGAGUCACCGGGGCUGGAAAAGAUUGCAAGAAAGGUUGGAAACUCUAAUGAGACAUACUGAAUUAUGAUGACUUUUUUUUCUAUUUCUCUCAUAUUAUCUGUGAUAAUACUGUUUGUGCUCUAAGUGCAAUUUGCAUUAUGGCUUAGUUGGUUGGUAAUGUGUGAGGCACACAUUAUUUUGAAUAGCUUUUGAUGGAUACGUUAUAUAAAGAUUAUAUAACUAGGGAGAAAUAUCUAUUAACGAUAAUGAUGUACUACUGCAAUUGCAGUUUGCCUUUAUACUGAUGGCUAAAGUUUCUAACUGGCUGGACUGGAAAUGUGAUCUGAUUUCAAGGUUUUGAGAUAUAAUGCAUUCUUUGUUGACUACUUAAAGAAAAAGGGGAAAGUGCUCAUUUUUAUUACUUCAUUGAGACUCCUAAGUGAUACAUGGGAAAUCUAUUUUUUGGGUGUCCCACGAUAUGAUCAUGGUGAUUUUUAUGAUUCUAAUACUGCAACAUAAUCAAUAUCAAACAAUGCAGAAAGCAGGCUGUUAUACAGUUAUAAGUUAUAUGUUUUAUAUAGAACAAAGAAAUAUCAAUAUACUUUCCUGUCCAUACCAAAUUCAAGCCUAAUAUUUUACUCAUGUUACCAUGUCUAUCAUGGAGUGGUGUUAGUGGAUAAUUGAGUCGUCUGGUGGUUGUUUUACUGUAAGAGAUGUUUAUAUUUUGUAAUGUGUUGAUUUAAUGUGUACUCAGUAGCUGUAACUUUCUCAAGAUAAGGUGGGCAGGUUAUCCUGUUUAUGACUUUUAUUUACUGUUAUUUUGCUAGGCAGUAUCAAUGUAAUAUAUACAGGCCUAGGUAGGGAAAAGGAGUUUUCGAAUGGAGUUAGUACUUGUUCAGUGUUCCUACCUGAAUAUAUACAUAUAGCGUCCAGAUUGCCUUCAACAAUGUAUAUGUCAUCAGACUCUAUUAGGUAGGAAGUAUCCUCUGUCAUAAGCUGAACUUUUAAUGUCAAGAAAUUCUGCAACUUGGUUGAUCUGAAAUGAAAUGAGCUUGUCCAUUGUAGUUCUUAGAUCAGACUAGCUAGUAUUGGGAGCUGCUCAUCAGUGAGUAAUAUGCAAAUCCGGUUUGUGUUGUAUAUGAAGCAAAGUUGUUGCAUUCACUUGGCAUGUAGAGCUGAUCCAUACUGAUCUAACCAUGGUUACUGUCUUUGCCUUUUCACUUAAUGAGUAACUGUUACUUGUAGUGUGCUCUCUGCCUUAGUCUCACCUGUCUGUGAUUCCCCAAAGUUGGUUGAAUAAUUUUUUUGCUAAAUAUCUUUCAUAUCUGUCACAAUUGUGUUGCUGUUAAUCUCUGAUUAGUUAAAAACAGAAAUAACUCUCAAGUGUGUCAUCUGUGAUUGCUGCGCAAAUGGGAGUACAUAAAGCUGUUCUUGACUUUGUCUUUGCUCAGUUAAAAACAAAACUACAUGUUAUUGUUACAUUUGUUAGCUCUGUGUAUGAUUGCUGGUUACUGAACAUGUGCAACCUGUGUCUAAUGUCUUGCAAAUAUUUUACUACUCCCCAUAUGUCAUGCCCUGCUGAAAGCAGUCUAAUUAAUAAAAAUAAGUGUAUCCCUGAUGCAUAUGGAAAAAUUUCUGCUGUUUGUUAAGCAGAAAACAAGAUGCACAAACCACUAUGUGAAACUGGAAGUAGUUUACAAGUGUUUUGUGUAGCCAUUUAUUGGGGUUGCCCAUGUCCACUUUGUGGGUCUGUUCAUACACCUUCACUGGUUCACAACUCUGGUCACUUUGGGUCAUCUUGUUCAUGUCUUAGUAGAGGGGAACUGACCAUGACUCAUCCCAUGCUCAUGUUUUCCAGACUUCUUGCUGAAACACAUAUAAUGGUUGAAACACAUUAUAUGUUGUAAAUUGAGUUUGAAAGCAUUCCUCACUUGCUGCUGUUGUAAAAUUGAUGGACAUUUGAAACCUGCAUGCAUGGCUGACACCACAUUAUACCAGGUAGUAUAGCACAAAUAAUAAUACAGGUAUGGGUAUAAGCUGAAGCCACAGGAAAAGCUUUAAAAUGUACUUUCGUAUAUUUUAACACUCGGUCAUUUCUUUUCAAGCUUUUCCUAUGGCUUCAGCUAAUAAACAAAAUCAUGUGCAUAUUUUUUGUGAUAUCUUAAUUAUAUGGGUAUGUAUUCUUGAAACACAAUUUAUAUUAAAUUGUGCAUUUGAUUUCCGUUUUUGUUAGUAAGUUUGAGGUACACAUUAGCAGAUAGACAAAUUGUAGUCUAGUGGGUUUUUUUUCAAGCUAAUUUAGAAAUCUUAUAUCUUCUACCUACAAAUUAUUUAGUAUGGCAUUCCUGAAUAUUGAACUUAAAUCUGAACUCUUUGUUCAAAAUGUAAUUUAGUUUUUUUAUUGUUAAGAUUGAUGUUUUUUCUCUUAAGAUUGUUUUCUGUAAAUUUAUCAGGUGAACUGGCAGCAUAGACACGACCUACUUACAAAAGAGUUACAUUCCAGAUGGAUGUGUAUGUUUGUUAGUUAGUUACUGUACUCAUUAUGACAAUACAGUACAGGUUGUUUUUUCAUCCUACAACUCAGUACACUACAUACAAUACUGAACACAGUUUUAAUUUGUGAUUUCCAAUUGUGUAUAUGUAAUGUCUCAGAAUGUUUAGAAGUCGAGUGUUCGUAAGUAGGGCGGUGUCUGUACUGUUAGGCCCUGUGACGAACUGUGUUCGAUGUGACGUCAUAAGCAGGGAAAGUCGGAACUUUUCCCGCUAUAUCUGCACUUCUGACGUCACAUCGAGCAAAGUUCACUGGGCAAAGCUCGCCCGUGUGGACGGGGCCUUAGAGAUAGAUUCUUUAUACAUUAUAAAUGUAUAAACUUGUUUAUAAAUUAUAAAUUUAUGUAUUGGUUUACCUUGCCACAGUUGUGGAAGCAUAUUAGAUUUUCGUCAAUCUUUUGUGUUCCUUAUAUUUAUGUGAGGUGUGUACAAUUUUAAAUAAUCGGAAGAGAACACAUUAUUUAUCUUGUUAAUCUCAUUACUCAUCAUUUGUUUAUUUGAGUGGGCAGUUGUUACCUUUUGAUUACAUUAUUGAGCUGAGACUGUUCACAUAGUUGCUCAAAAUAUAGUUUAUUUUUGAAACAUUUUCCAAAACCGUUUAGACUUGAGAGGUACUUUUUCAAGUAAUAUCUGCUUCUUGGAUACUGUAUAUAUCAUGCAUUCCCAGUUAUGAUGUGCUGCAAGUCUUUGACGCAUUGUAACUUUUGUUGAAGUUGAACAGAACUUAGUUUGUUGCAAAAGUAUUAAAACAACAUUAAGCAGCAGCAUUUUCACAGGGCCGUUUGAUGUGGAAAUAAGUUGGCAGCCAUUUAAUAAAUUUAUGACUUAUAAGGUUUAAAAUGGCCACCUUUUUAGGAAUAUGCUUAUGAGCUUGUAUACAUUAGCUCCUUAGGAAUAUGCUUAUCAAGCUUUAUCUUGUCAAAGACUUUAAAAGCAGCUUAGAAAAUGUGAAAUAUUUAUUGAGAGCAGCUUAGAAAAUGUGAAAUAUUUAUUGUCAUUACCAUUUGAAACUGGUAAUUCAAAUUUCGUUCAUUUUAUUGACAGCGUUUCAUUUCUCAAAACUAAAAAGUUUUGUUUCUUUCAUCUUCAAUGAUUUUUAUUCUUGAAUAGAGGACUACCAGAGAAUUUGGUCUUAUUUUUAUCAGUCUAGAACUUUGAUAGAUAAAAUUGUUGAAAAUUUGGAAAAAUAAUUAUCUAAUUACUGGAAUCUAUAACAUAGAAGAAAUUUUAAAUUCUGAGGUUCAUUUACCAAAUUGUCAUGGCUUCUGUUCUAAUUGAUAUGCAGUUAUAGCUUACAUUGUACAGGUGAUCUGAUGAUCCUCUUGUUAUCUGCUGAAUUUGGCACUUUUAUCUAUAAUCAAAUUGGUGCUAAAUGUUUUGAUUUAAGGUCACGGGGAAGCGUAUAUUAAUUUGAUAUAAUCUGGCAUGUACAAAUUGUUAUUAAAGGUCGUUAAGGUAUAUGUAUACUAUAUUUAAUGUAAUGAAAUUCAAAUACAAUGAGUUUUGUCUCAAAAAUAUUACAAGCUUUGAAAAUGUUA